AUUAUUUUGAAGCCACUUUAAGUUUGGACUCUGCUCUGUAAGCUGGUACUUUGCAAUUGUAAUUCAAUUAUUGAAAUUAUAAUAAUUCAUCAUGAUUCGUCUAACAGUUUACUGCAUUCUCAUCACCUACGUUGUCUCGGUAAAUUGUCAGCCUUUAUCUGUGUCACAUCCAUCUCAAUUUAUAGAACGUGAAGAAGUGCCCUUGUUGGAAAAAUAUGAUGGUAAGUUCUUGGAAAUUUUAUUGCACAAAUUAGUAAGCUGUGAAUUGGAACAAAAUGAUCUACAAUCAGUACAAGCCCGUAUGGAAUUAGAAGAAUUAUAUGCAGACACAUUAAGAGCUCGCAAUCUCGAUAGUUGGAUUCCGGAACAUCUUAAAACAAUAAGAGAAUCUAGAAAGAAAAGAUGUUCAAAAUCAGUCUAAGAUUGUGGCCAUGAUUCAAAUUAGUCGCAUAUAAAAAGCUUAUUAAGCGAUUAAUUACACGGUUUCGAUUUAUGAAUGCAUUUGGAAAUGACUUGUCUUAUUUUUUAACCGAAUAUUAAUUGAUAAAUUUGUGUAAAAUAUUAUGGGUUACCAUAAUUAAUGUUUCAAAAAUGAAUCAGAUUAAAUAAAAACAUUCCGAGGUUUUUUUUUAUUUCAUUAUUUUGACUCUUCUCUUUUUAUUUUUUUAUACCAAAGUCCUAAUUUCGAUUAUACUGAAAAAUUAAUAGUUUUCGAGGUGAAUUUCUGUUUUGCGAAACGGAAGUUGCUUUUUGUUUGUUAUAAAGUAAAAAUAUGCAUCAAGUUUUUGUCAGCUGUCAAAUGUAGCGGAACUCAGAACUCAAGUUCGCAAAUAUAUCUCAAUUCUCAUAAAAAUGGAAAUAAAAAAUUCUGUAAGCUGUUAGCUUACGACAUUGUCUCUGUAAUAAAAAAGAAUGUAGCAAUGUAAUACAUAUGCUCAUAAAUUUUAUCAAACAACCAAAGAAUUUCAUGUAAGGUCCCUCCAACAAAGGAAUUCUGUUAUUUUUAGUCAAUAACAAAGUUAUUAACUAUCAUUAGUGAAUUCACACGUCAGCGACAUAAAAAUUAUCACUUUUAAUUACACUCGAAGGUUUUGUGAUUUAUAUUUUUUUAACGCGCAGUUUAUUUUUUAUCGAAUCUAAAGAAACGUUUAAUUUUAAGAGCAAUACUGUCAUCGUCAAAAAUAUAGUUAAAUUUAAGUUUUGACAUCAUUUUGUACGCUUGUACUCUGUAAUUAUAGUAUCCAUCAUGAUUCGUCUCACAGUUUACUGCAUUCUUGUUACUUGCAUCGUCUCGGUAAAUUGUCAGCCUAUAUCUGAGUCACAUCGAUAUCCAACAGCUUAUGAUAAAUCUGGACACGAAAUUCCCGUUGUGGGGAUCCAAGAUGCUGCGUACUUGGUCAGUUUAUUAUCAAAGUUAGCGGACUGUAAACUGGAGGACAAUGAUGAUAAUACGGUGAAACUUCGAGCAGAUUUAGAAAAACAAUAUGCUGAAAGAUUAGAAGCUAUAAAUUUAUCCCAAUGGGUUCCGUCGCAUAUCAAAGCGAUAAGAGAAAGUAGAAAAGAAAAAUGUUCAGUGAUGAAUUGAACGGUUUCAACUUUUGAAUGUCUUGGAAACGAUUAUUUACCACAAUUACGCAGAAAGGUCGAAUUUCUGUCAUGUUUAGCAAGAGUUUUUCUACAUUUUUCUAUUAUAAGAAAAAUAAAUUUCGAGAAAUAGCCAAAAUUGAAACUUAUGAUGCCAUCUUCCACAAAGACAUUGUUUUUUCUUUUUUUUUUCAAUAACAAAGUCAUUAACUAUCAUUAGUAUUAACACCUCAUCUAGAUAAAAAUUAUCACGUGAAGUUUAAAGUAACUGUGGUUUACAUUUUUUUUUAAAUUCACAUUUUUAAUAAUUAAAUAUCAAUACUAGAAUGUUUUGUAUAAAAUUAUAUAUCUUAUUAAAAAUAAUUAUUUUCUAAGAAAUAAACUAUAAAAAAAACCUA